AUGGGUUGGCAGAAACGAGCUGCCGACCGCCGAACCUCGCGGCAAGCCUCGGCGGUGAGGGGGUGUGGGAUGGGUGGGGUGACUGGAGUGCGGUUGGGUACAGGAGCACAUGACCCCAGCUACUGGCGAAUCAGAGAAGCGAGGAUCGUCCUGCAGGGGGAGAGAGAGAGGGCAGAGAAGAGAGAGAGAGAGAGAGAGAGAGAGAGAGAGAGAGAGAGAGAGAGAGAGAGAGAGAGAGAGAGAGAGAGAGAGAGAGAGAGAGAGAGAGAGAGAGAGAGAGAGAGAGAGGAGAGAGAGAGAGAGAGAGAGAGAGAGAGAGAGAGAGAGAGAGAGAGAGAGAGAGAGAGAGAGAGAGAGAGAGAGAGAGAGAGAGAGAGAGAGAGAGAGAGAGAGAGAGAGAGAGAGAGAGAGAGAGAGAGAGAGAGAGAGAGAGAGAGAGAGAGAGAGAGAGAGAGAGAGAGAGAGAGAGAGAGAGAGAGAGAGAGAGAGAGAGAGAGAGAGAGAGAGAGAGAGAGAGAGAGAGAGAGAGAGAGAGAGAGAGAGAGAGAGAGAGAGAGAGAGAGAGAGAGAGAGAGAGAGAGAGAGAGAGAGAGAGAGAGAGAGAGGAAAAGAGAGAGAGAGAGAGAGAGAGAGAGAGAGAGAGAGAGAGAGAGAGAGAGAGAGAGAGAGAGAGAGAGAGAGAGAGAGAGAGAGAGAGAGAGAGAGAGAGAGAGAGAGAGAGAGAGAGAGAGAGAGAGAAGAGAGAGGAGUGGGAGGCAGGGUGGGUCGGGGAGGAAGUAA